AUGGUCAAAUCCGCCAGACUCGAUACGCGCGACGUAGAGCUGCGGCUAUGUAUGCUACGGAAAGUCGAGUCAUAUCGAUUGCGGUUGCUCCCUCUUAAGCCGGCAGACAAAGCUCGAGAGCUGCACAAAAUUUCGCAAGAGUUAGUCUUGGGGCAGCAGGUUGCGCAAAAUUGUGCAUCUGUAGUUUUGCAAUCAUUUCGGCCAGUUACCGGCUCUCUCGCAUACAAGAAUCUCGUCGCUCUGGAGCAGACUGGACAGCAGGACGCACUAUGGAACAGGGAGAGUGGAAGAUUACUGAUGCACUACGGCUGGCAGGAUUGUACGCCGGGAUACUUGGAGUCUCUGUGGGCAGCAGCUCAAUCAUAUCCGGACUGGAAGAAUGCCGUCGGUCGCCUCAAUGCUGUCAUGAUCAGGAGACAUGAUGGUAGUAUACGUAGUGGCUCUAGCCAGUCACAAUUUAUCGGAGUCGUGGAGGAUAGAUGUUUUACACACUCCCCAGUUACUCGAAGUGAUCUACAAAACAUUGCUAUCUGGCACAAGAAUGGGACAGUCAAAAUUCGAGGCUAUACGAUUAGCGAUUUGCAGGCGGAGCUUCAGGUAGUUGAUCACUGGUUAUCGUACAAGCCUGAACACCUCCGCUUCUCUACCGGUCUGAGGUUCAUCGACAUGCCCCACUCUGCGCAGGCUACGCAUCUGCUCGCCAAGGAUAAGUUUGGCAUCCUCGUACAGGAAAGUCAUGGCAAGAAGAGGACGAGACUGUCCAUAGGAACACUAGAAGAUGAAGGUUCACCUUGGAAGAAAGUAGGACUACAGAGAAGUGUGGUACAAUCGACUGACAGGGAAGGCAGAGAGUCCAACAAAGGAGCGCAGAUCGAGAGUAGCAUUAGCGGCCAGGUGUCACUGGGCAGUGCAGAUACAAGAGUAGACAUAUCUAGUCUUUGUCCCGAGGCCGAGGUUAGGGAUAUGGCGAAUGAGUCCGAGGGCGAGGACGGGAAUGAGGAUGAGAGUCAAGAUGAGAAUGGGGUUGAAGAUGGAGCUGGGAACGAGACCGAGAAUGAGGCUGAAGAUCAAGCCCAGGAUGCAGAUGGGGAGGCGGUGCCGAAUACACCAGAGGAAGUGCCGCAGGAGACCAUAGCGUCUGAUUCAGCGUCGUCUACACCGACAAUACAUGAGUCUGAGUCCACACCGCGAGAAACACCCUUACCAACACCCAUAUCAACACCCGAAACAACACCAGCCACUUCAUCAGCGGCAGACAGCUCUGAACCACCCCAGGGAACGUACGCAUCGCUAACGCCAGCCUUCGAGUGCUCCGACUCGGUAGAGUAUCUUAGUGGUUACUGGGUCGAUAAACACUUGGCGGCAUUGGUGACUUACGCGAAAGAAACAGAUGAGCUAGUGGAGAAGGCGUGGUUGUUGGGAUCCAAGUGCCCCAAGGUGUAUUGUGAUGGUGGAGGGCUGAUCGGAAAUACAACUAACGAGCUGGAUGCUGACUUGCUUUGUCUAAGUGCCGAAGCUUUUGACCGAAAGGCUAAGAAUCGUGAAUGGAAGCCGCAAGUUCCCAUCCUGCUGAAGCAGGACUUCCUUGACAAGGGCGCGUACACUCUCGAUGAGGCGUAUGUUCGUUUGCAACGGCGCUACUCCGAUGCUAAGCUCCAGGUACAGUUUGGCCUCGGUGAUGUAGGCCUAUUGGGGGUCAAGGACUUCGCUACGGGCCGGAACCACUUGGGUCUGAAUGCGAUCGAUCUGCGCCCGCUUAUCAAUGCUGAUCGGCCGAUGUUUACGCGCCUAGGCCGGUAUAAGCUGCUCGAGGACCUCACCGAAAGUGUCCGGGGCGGCGGCAAUCCCGGCAAGCAACUGGAGACGGUCAAAGUGGUACAGGGUGGCGGUGAACAAUCAGAGGCUACUCACAAGGGAGCGUUCAGCGGAAGUCAUGUGGACAUUGCGGCCGGCACGUUUGUGCGUCAGGUGUCAGGCGAUCUCAAGUUUUGGAUGUUCGUGAAGUCUUCUGACAUGACGACCCAAGACUGGGAAGAUCUCAAUCGCGAAGGCUGCCAUUGGUUACCGGGCGGCAAGUCUUUUCUAGUCCCGCUAGAGCAAGGCGACGUAUUCAUCAUGCCGGCUGGCCCGAGAAUCGUGCAUGCCGUGAGCACUCCAGAGCCCUCAUACAUGGAAGGUGAUCCUGGAAUCAGUCCACUGGAUCUGUGA